CACGUAAACCCCCCCUCGGCAGACGUGUCUUGUUCACAAAGCGGAAACUAUCGGGCGUCUCGAAUAUUUACGAAAGCUGACAGAACAAGCGAGGUUUCCACAAAAAGUAUUACAAUCAAGAUGACGUCUACCAUGGCAUAAGUAUAAGUUUGCGGUCCUCUGAACCAAUACAAUAGAAUGGCGACCAUCACAGGGACUGUUAAAAUGGCAGCUUCCCCACCUAUACGCGGUACUGGCGAUGGGAUGGAAACAGAGGAGCCUUUAAAAUCCUCAGAGGUACAGGCCCCUCAUGCCAAGGCAAGGCAAAGCCCGAAAAGAAAAACUAUGCCGACUCCAUCGCUAAGUCCCGGUGUCCUCCAGCUUGGAAAAAUCCAGAGCGACAAAGCAGUCGAAAUUGAAGCUUUCAGAAUUCAGGUGCCCAAAUCUGCCAUAACACAUACAGUCCUACCUAAACAUUCAAAACACCUGGAGGCAAACGGACAUUGCAAGUCAGAAGGAGCAGAUGGUAUCAUUGAUCCUUGGAAACAUAUCUCUGAAUUAAAAAGCACUAUUGAAAAAAUGAAGAAUUCCGAGAGGAGGUUAUUACAAGAUAAGGAGGGCCUUUCUAACCAGCUAAAAGUGCAAACUGAGGUUAACCGCGAGCUUAAGAAGUUACUUGUGGCAUCCGUAGGAGAUGAUUUGCAGUACCACUUUGAGCGUGUAGCCCGAGAGAAGAACCAACUUAUUUUGGAGAACGAAGCCCUGGCGAGGAAUACCACCCAGCUAUCUGAGCAACUGGAGCGGAUGUCUAUACAGUGUGAUGUAUGGCGCAGUAAGUUUUUGGCAAGCAGAGUGAUGGCUGACGAAUUAACCAAUUUAAGGACAAAUUUGCAGCGGCAAAACAGGGAUGCCCAAAGUGCCCUUCAGGAUCUAUUAAGUGAGAGAGAGCAAUUUCGCCAAGGAAUGUGUGACACGCAAAAGUUGUUAGAAGAGCUUCUGGUUUCUCUGCAGUGGGGGAGACAACCGACCUACUUCCCUGGGCCUAAGCCUCACACUACAGCAGAGCUGGUAGCGGCUAACCUCCGGGUAGCAACGGCGGUCAAGUCUCAUCUUAUAGGAAAUAUUGGCUGCCCAAGUCCAAAGCAGACAUCAGCGGCAAUCGAGUUUUGCAGCACGCCUGCUGAGAAAAUGGCAGAAAUGGUGCUGAGGGUAUUGGAUCCGACAGCCUGUACUGAGAGUUCAUCAGAUGUUCCCUUUCCUGACUCCACAUCCUCAUCCAUCUUAGUUGCAACGAAAAAUAUUGGCCGAUUUCAUCCUUAUACCAGAUAUGAAAAUAUAACCUUCAAUUGCUGCAAUCGAUGCCAUGGGGAAUUGAUUGCCCUAUGACACGACACAACUUCUUGUUUCUUGAUUUUCAGUAUUUGCAGUGAGAUGCUACUUCAUAGGUCAAAAAGGUGACCAGUAAGGCGUCAGUCUUAGCCCAGACUCAUAUAGCAGAUCGUUUCUUGCCCUCUGUGGCAUUAAACUCAUGACGUCUUACUAUUAAAUCACUUGAAAGUACAUUAAAAGUAUUUGGUUUGAGAUUUGCUUUCCUUAUAGAUAUCAUAACCACCUUUCAAACUAUGCAAAACUUGAAUCACUCUAAAGACCAAAACUGCAUUUUUGCAUAAAACUGUUUAGUACUUGGAUGUGUGUGAGAUGGUUUGUUCAUUGAUAUCUGAUUUUACGGUUUUAAAGUUUUCUUCUUUGUUACAGUAUUUUUGAGGAGAAAAAAGGUUUAUCCAUUCCAGUAUUUAAGUUGUUACUCAAAUCCAGAUAUUUCUAUUAAAAAUUACCAGUUUUACAUAA